CAGGGUCCUCCUCUCCAACCCCAUCUUGCUCUUCAGAUGGUAUCUGAAAUAAGACAACAAACCGGGGUCAGAGAAGAAGGACCAGUGACAGCAGUCGAGUAGCAACUCCCUCGUUGGUUUGUUCUUAAUACUCACUGGCAACUAUUUUGCCUAUUAAUUCACUAAUGGCUGAAGAACAAGAAGAUAUGAAUAAAAGAGUAGGACGAGGUGCGAAGAUAUUUUCUGGCCUGAGUGCAUGGUUCUCAUCAAGUGUACGGCCUAUAACAACAGGAUUGUGGGUUGCUCUUGGAGGUAUGACACAUCCAGUUGAAAUUGCAGACUUUUUGUUCAGUUCUGAUGUCACAUCACCUGAUACUGCCAAAAUAUUCUCAAGUUCAAUUUACCAAGGAGAUUCAGUUGCCAUUGUUCACGCUUCGUACAUUCAUGCCUGCAUUUUAGCUGAAGAUAUAAUGAAAAUACCUUUGGGUCGUUAUAUUUUGUAUCCUAAAGCCUUCCAAGAGAUCUUUCUGAAUCCGAAAACCAGCAGUAGCUGUCAUUCCUUGAUAAAACAUACUGAAAAUAAUGACUAUUGUCAAAAUAAGAUGAAAUCAAUUCAUGAAGAAGAAGGAGGAGGAGGAGAUGACAAAAAUUACAGUGAUGAUACUGAAGAAGUUGAAGAGAACAAUCAGCCGAUAAAUAUGAAGAGUCAAAGCAAGAAUGAUGAAGAAACAUGUAUAAAAUCUAGACAACAGCAGCCUAUGGCAUGUUCACAUUCACAAGCAUCAUUUCAAUCUAAGUCCAGUGAGAAAACAAAUGAUAUUGUCAGCAUAAUGGAACUACAGAAGGCAUCAGGCCAUUUGGAAUUAUUUAUCCCAGGAAAAGCUGGAUGUCAAGUGAUGUAUAAAUCAUAAUUCAAAGUCAGCAUUGUUUUUUGUUUAUUUGUUUCAUUUAUUCCUUUUUGUUUACUUUUGUUCUUUUAAUUUCAUUUUUAUGAACUGACAGUGACUUGUUUUAUAUUCUUCCCUUCUGAAAAUGCUGCAUUCCAAAAACUGAACAAUUUCAUUAUAAUUUGCUUUGUUUAUUUUUUUUUUGUUUAUUUAUUUGCUGUUUAUUACGUGACAAAAUUCAAUAUACUAGCUGAAGAUUUUCAUUUGACAGAGAAUAAAAGAAAUCUUUUAAAAUCUA